AUCUCUAAACUGCGUCAGAAUAAGAUAAGACUAAAACACUUUCUGACAAUGAGAGUUAUAAAUGAACUUUUUGAUAAAUAUUGAUAUACAUCUGUCUUACAGGAAAUGUUAGUCUAGAUGGCGUUCAUGUGUGUAGUAUAAACUAGUCUUUGACCGCAUGCAACGCUCAACCUCCACAAACGCAGCGCGUGAGGACGGCGAGUUGCCGACACGAUGACGUCGCCUCUCGGGUAAGAAAGACGGUCGAGCAUGUCACGCGGCAGCGGGGAGUGCGUGACGCAACAUGUCCGCGUCGCGGCCUCCAUCCCGCUGAGCGGCGGCGAGCGUCUCUCCGCAGCCGAGGUCUCGCUCGCGUGCGAGAGCGUGGCGUGCGAGCGCGCGCGCCUGCUGUGCGCGCGCGGCUGCCACCUCAGCGACGACGACUUCGGCCGCGUGUGCGCCAGCCUGGCGGCGUCGCGGUCCCUGGCUCAGCUCAACCUCAGCCUCGGCGUGGUGGGCGGAGUCAGCAGGGCGCUGCGCCUGGCCCACGCCCUCGGCGCCAACCGCUCACUGCACACCUUGCUUCUCCACGGCAACCCUCUAUCAGACAGCGGCCUGCUGACCCUAAGCCCCGCCCUUUCCGCCCACCCGGCCCUGGUCAGUCUGGACCUCGGAGACUGCAAGCUGGGAGACGAGGCGCUACGGGUCGUCUGCGGGAUGCUGCCGCCCGACGGAGCCAAGUCAGGGCUGAAGGAGCUAACGCUAAGUGCUAACCCGGACGUCAGCUUCAAAGGGUGGUCCGGUCUCGCCAUCGCCGUGGCUCAUAGUUCCCAACUCCGAGUCCUCAACCUGGACUACAACGAACUCGGUGAUCAGAUUGCCGGCAUGCUGGCGGUGGCGGUGGCGUCAAGUAGAACUCUGGAGGUUCUGGACCUGGAGGGAACCGGACUCACCAACCAGUCAGCACAGGUGUUCUUGGACAUGGUGGAGAACUUCCCGACCAGUUUGCGACUUCUGGUUCUGAGCGAGAACCAGGUCAGUCCAGCGCUGCAGCGCAGGAUCGCCGACCUGCUGACUGAAGGCGACGAGGAGGAUGACCGACGGGGCCCGCCCCUUGGAUUAGGCCCCGCCUUCAGCUCCAAGCCUCUUCCAAUGAGGGACAAGAAGCAGGCCCCCACUAACUCCGCCCCCCAAUCGGUCAUGCUCACGUCCCUAAAUGACAGCUUAUUGGCUGAGACUGACAUGUGACCCCGCCUCCACAACACACACACUUCCUGUUUGUGAAAUCAGCCAAUCACUCGGUAUGUUACUAUGUCCCCAUAAAUAAACAGGAAGUGCCUGA